UGUUACACUGCAUCCAUUGAAUUACAACACUAGCAAUUAUGUGUUCUGUACUCGUUGCAUUUUUGUGUCUGAUAUCCGUUUCAUUAACUGCUAAAGUCAAAUGGAUACCCAAUACUGAUUUCAAUCUAAAGCUCAAUUUCAAAGAUGGAAAACUUCCGUGUCCACGACAAACAGUUGUCUUUCCAGAAAGCCUCAGUGGUAUUGUUAGUAUUGAAACGAAAACAGACAUCAAUGGUUUUGUGUUACCGCAAGAUGGUGAAUUAGUAAUUGGUAACGGAGAACUACAAUUUGGACCAACAGAGAAUUACAAUUGUACAAAUACUGGUAAUAUUUAUUUCUUGGAGAACUCCGUAUCUUCGUGGGCACAACCAGAUGUGUGGAGCUCACCGAAAUUCAACGAUGCUACCCCAGAUGCAGAAAGAGUGCCUUGUUUUGAUGAUACCGUGGAAUUUCCUGCUGGGUCCGUAUUUACAAUUUCGCUUCCAGAUCAACAGCAAGUUGUUCGGAAUAUUAAGAUGAAUGGUGUGAGCUACGACACAAAUAGGUUCAGUGAUUAUGUACUGCAUCAACGAGAUCAAUCUCAGCAAUUUAUCUUGAAUCAGUACCAAGAAACUGGUAUAUUUACUACUAAUAAGCAAUGUAAGUCUCGAAGCGGUUGUCCAUGCCAAGUGAAUGUAAUGAAAAUCGAUUGUAGUGCAAAAAUUUGUUCAGUGCCGACUUGCGUUGAUCCCAUCCAACCCAUAGGUCACUGUUGCAAGAUAUGUGGAGGAGUAAUUUCCUUCGAUGUUGAUCAAAGUUUUGAUCUAAUGACAUUUAAGGAACUUGUCGAAUCAGUUAUUGAUGGAUACGGAAAAGAAGAUUUAGUAUAUCAUAUUGGAAAAAUCAAAAACAAAAUUCAGUUGGUCGUGGUCGAUAAAGGUGAAUACACUGGAACAAGCGCUCAAGUUGUUAAUGACGUGGACCAUCGAAUGCAAAGACAUUGGGUACAGGGUAUUAAAGAAGCUGUUAUCAGCGGCACGCCUUUAUACAAAUAUGGACUGGGAGGGAAAAUAUUCGUCUCAAUGUUUUUCGCUGUAGCUCUUGUGGUUGGUGCAAUAUAUGCGUAUUAUUAUAAGUUGCCUGAGAUAAGAUUACCGUUCGGUGAAAGACCUGGGAUGUUUUCAAGGUAUCAGCGGAGAACAGAUAGCAUCGUGUCUCUUACCCGGCGGGACUCAGUAAUCAGUACGCGGUCUGGAAUUAGUACUGCUUUUAGGAACCCUAUGUAUGACUCAAAGAGAGGACGGGUUGUGGUCGAAGCGUCUGCCGAGGAUUAGAAUAAAGUAAGACUCGAAGAAUAAUUAGUUAUUCAGUAUUUUAUAUUCUUACAAAUUAAACGUAUUUGUUCAAUGUU